AUGACACUCGACGUUUUCCCGGUUGGAUUUGGACUUAUGGGGUUCACUUGGAAUCCUAAGCUCAAGUUUACUCAGGAUGAGUUUAAUGCUGUCCUAAAGCAGGUAAUCGAGGCCACUGACAAGCCACUUUUUCUUAACGGCGGUGAGUUUUAUGGAAUGCCUGACCGCCACGAGAACCUCAAGAAAAUUGGGAAGUUCUUUGAGACCUAUCCUGAAUAUGCAGACAAAGUCUACGUUUCAAUCAAGUCCGGUGUUAAUGACCACUGGGCUCCAGUCACUAGUGCAGAGGAGUUGAGACCGGGUGUCGAGGCAAUCACAAAGUACCUUGCUCCUUUGUACGCAGCUCGUAAAAGCCAUCCUAAGUCUCUUGACAUGUACACGCUUGCUCGACUUGGUGAUGAUACCAUAGAGAACGUCUUGGAGCGGCUGAAUGUAUACGUCAAGUCAGGCGAGAUCAAGUCAAUUUGCUUGUCCGAAGUAUCUGCGCAGACGAUUCAGAAAGCUCUGGCCACCGGAGCACCAAUUGGUGCCGUCGAGCUUGAGUUCUCUUUGUUUUCUCGUGAAGCAGUUGAAAACGGCGUUUUCGAGAUUUGUGCUAAAAACAAUAUCCCUGUUAUCUGCUACUCACCUCUUGGUAAAGGAUUGUUGGCUGGUCUAAAUCCUAAAGAUGUUCCUGAAGGUGAUAUGCGUAGGAAUUUCGAUCGUUUCCAAGGCGAGAUCUACGAGCAUAACAAAAAGCUCGUCGAGGUUACCAAAGACAUUGCCGAACGCAAGAAAGUUACACCUGCGCAGGUUGCGCUUUCCUUCAUCACCAGCUUGAGCAAUAAGGAGUGGGCCGGCGUCAAGUAUCCCCAGCUCGUUCCUAUUCCUGGAUCAACUAAGGCGGCUCGUCAAAUUGAAAAUUUCAAGACCAUCCAGCUCUUUGACGCUGACUUGAAAGAGAUCCAUGAUGUUUUGGACAGUUUCAAAGUGAAGGGUAGCCGCUACACAGCUGCUAUGGAUGCUGGUCUUUAUAAAUAG